AUGGGGGGCUAUGGAGGUGAUGCAGAUAUAAUCAUCUUUUGUGAAGGAGCUACGCCAAGAGACGCUCGUGAUGCGGCGAUUCUUGGUGGCCGCGUGCACGUAGUUUCCCUUUUCCAAGAGGACCAAAUCAUCACCACCGCCCAUCAUGGCUUCAUCCUCGCGAAACAAGAUGUAUUCAUCGGUGUAAAUAGGGACCUCGGUGUUCUGCGUCAGACAGUGCAACGUACGCGGCAAUACGUGAUUCAAAAAAGACAUUAA